AUGUGUUGUCCCAGUAAUGAGCCAACAGACGACAACCGACCGAGCUGCCCAUCUCCUGCACUUACCGUGCUGGAUUCGCAUGGCUUGCCACUAAAGUGCUCUCCUCGGACACGCACCUGCCCACAGGAAAGAAUGACUUGCAUGGAUGUUGGUUACGCAUACGUUUGUUGUGAACAACUACAACAAGAACGCCUUCAUUCAAAUAGUGUUGCACCUUCUGAACGCAGGCGAGCCCCAAAAAGCAAGAACCUAAGAAGGAAGCAGGCUAGUCUAGAAGAACCUCUCGACUGCCCCCAAAACUCCAUCGGUCUCCUCACUGGGGACGGCUCACGAGUGCUGUGUAAUUCCAGAAGAAAAUGUCCGGGACGGAAAACCUUCUGCCACAGUGAUUCGAAGCAAUCGAUCUGUUGUGAGCGAUAUGAAUUCGCAAAUAAUGUUCUCGACAAUGUGAAUGGUACCGCUACUUCAAUACAUACUGCUACAUCGGACAGCGCCCAGUUGCCAAGUGAGCUACAUAGUGGCAUUGACGGAAUUCACAUGGGUGAAAUGAAGCCAGAGCUUCCUAUGAUGCGCGUUGGAGGUUCAGCAAGAUUGGAAUCCACUUCAGCUCCCCCUGACACAACCACUGUCAAGCCAAGAAGAAAAGUUGUGAAGACUCCUUCAACUGCUGCUACUGAACCGGAAACGGUGAGCAACCUUCUAACACAUUUCUCAGCACUGUGUUGA